CUUCAAAAAAAAAAAAAAUAAUAAUAAAUAAACAGAGAUAACAAUAUAAUAAAUCUUUAUUUUAAAUAACAGGAAACAAUUAUAAACAAUUAUAAAAAUUAAUAAAACAAUAAAAAUAGAUAAACAAAAAAUGAGUAUGCCAGGAUAUCAACCAAAUGCCCCAGGGUCAUUUGGAUCAUUAUGGAACAGUGGCGGUAUUGAAAAAUCAUCAAUGCUUAUUGGAAAUUACAGGUUAGAUAAGACAUUAGGUAUUGGUUCUUUUGGAAAAGUUAAAUUGGCAGAGCAUGUUAAAACUGGUGUAAAGGUCGCAAUUAAAAUUUUAAAUAGAACCAAAAUUAAAAACUUAAAGAUGGAUGAAAAAAUUCGAAGAGAAAUUCAAAAUAUGAAGUUAUUUAGACACCCACAUAUUAUUAAAUUAUACGAAGUUAUAGAAACAACUACAGAUAUUUUCAUGGUAAUGGAAUAUGUUACUGGUGGAGAGUUAUUCGAAUAUAUUGUUAAAAAUGGUAAAUUAUCAGAAGAUGAAAGUAGAAGAUUAUUCCAACAAAUGAUAUCGGGUGUAGAUUAUUGCCAUCAUCAUAUGGUUGUUCAUCGUGAUUUAAAGCCUGAAAACCUUCUAUUGGAUCCAGUUAAUAAAUGUAUUAAAAUUGCAGAUUUUGGUCUUAGCAAUAUGAUGCAAGAUGGUGAUUUUUUAAAAACAAGUUGUGGUUCACCAAAUUAUGCAGCACCAGAGGUUAUUUCCGGUAAACUAUAUGCAGGCCCAGAAGUAGAUGUUUGGUCGUGCGGUGUUAUUCUUUAUGCAUUUUUAUGUGCCAAAUUACCAUUUGACGAUGAAAACAUACCAAUGUUAUUUAAAAAAAUUAGAGAGGGUGUUUUUAAUAUACCAGACUUUGUAUCACCAAGUUGUGCAGAUUUAAUUAGAAAAAUGUUGGUAGUUGACCCAGUAAAAAGAGUUACAAUUCACGAAAUAAGAAACCAUCCUUGGUUUCAAGUCAAAUUACCAAAAUAUUUAUCAUCACCACACACAUUUUUAUCAAAAUCAAUUCAAACUAUUAAUACAUCAAUUUUAAAUGAAUUGGUUUAUGCACCAAUUGAAAAAGAAAAAAUUAUUGAAGAAUUACAAAAACCAGGAGAGAUUAAUGACUUUAUUGUUAGCUAUCAUUUACUAUUAGACUCAAAAAGAGGUUCAUAUGAAAACGAAAUUAAUUCACCAAAUUUAAUAUCACCCCAAAACACACCAACAAUGUCAAGUGCUCAAAAGAGCCCAAAUCACCAUUUAACACCUAAUAUUGCAGUAGGAUCAAAUGCCUCAUCAAAUAUCGAUCUUAAUAGUGACAUUCAAUCACAACCACACAGAAAAUGGUACUUGGGUGCAAUUUCACAAUUACCACCCCACGAAAUUAUGGGAGAAAUUUAUAGAGCAUUAAAGAAAGUUGGUUUUGAAUGGAAAUUAACUGGUCCAUAUCAAUUGAGAUGUAGAAUGCUUGAUAGUGGUAGACCAGUAAAAUUGGUUUUACAAUUAUUUAGAGUUGCCGAAAAUAGAUAUUUAUUGGAUAUUAAAAAAAUUGAAGGUCAAAUUUUUGUAUUUUUCGAUAUAUGUAGUUUAUUAUUAGAAGAAUUAAAUUUAUAA